GAGUUGUAAUGCGUUUGUAGCCUACAUGUGUGACUUAUAUAUAACAUUUGCUAACAUGAGUACACAUUGCAUACAAUGGUGUAAGUUUCCUUUUUUACCUUUAUAAACUCAACUUGCGUCUGUAAAUAUCUGUAUUCAUUCUACUAUUAUUAUUUCCGUAGCCUAGGCUACACUAAUGGUCACGUUCCAAGUCCUAUGCCUGUAAAGUGAUUUGAACGCCAAUCGGCUGCACUCCGGUACUGUACCUGCACCACGGUUUGGAAGAACCAUAAACCAACCAUUGAAUUAAAUUGUAAUGACGGUCUUAAACGCAUAUGUACUGACAUAGAUUGUAGAUGGACUGGCUUCUUGAAAGACGUUGUAUUUGAUUGCCCGCUUGAUAAUGACAAGUUUCAAUGUUCAGUGGAGACGGAUGAAGUAAAGAAAAACAAGGAAGAACAACCAACAGUACCAGUGGCACCGAUAUGCAAAGACAAUAGAAGCUGUGGAUUCCCUACAACAUUUGUCGGUGAAAGUGUAAGAUGCACCAUACGUAUGCAAACACAACUACCAACAACAUCAAGAGGACCAGACAAUCUGAAGAAUGAAACAGACCAAUCAGGGCCAGAUGAGGUUUUAAGAGGAGGGACUGAGAAGAGAGAAGAGGUAACCACCCUUUCCCUUACCUAAACGGACACCCAGCCAACCCUGUCAUUCAACAGCCAGGUCACAAUGCCUGUAGGGUCGACACUCUCCACAGUGGGUGGGUUGAGUCACUCAUGAACUGGUUGAAUGGCGUUGUCUCAAACUGUUUCUAAACCAUCUACUAUUCACCCGCCCAUCUCCUCUUCCCAUCACUCCUCCCUUCCUCCUCCAGACCUCCAAGAUGGUCCGAGUUCACAACACCCAGUACUCCCUCUUCCUGCGCCAGGCAGAUGUCCUGCGUCGCUCGGGGACGUUGUGUGAUGCUGUCAUCUCAGUGGAGAGCCAGGUGUUCAGGGCCCAUCGGCUGGUGCUGGCCUGCGCUAGCAAAACCCUGGAGCAUCAGCUCACCCUGCAGGCUGCAUACUCAGACCAGCCUGAUCGCCUCAACCAACCUUACCACUGUAGUCUGGAGCUCCUCUCUCCACAAACAUUCCAGCAGGUCCUGGACUUUGCCUACACCGAGACCCUGGAGGUCCCUGUGGAUGAUCUGCCCCAGCUUCUGAGGGCCGCCAAGCUCCUGGAGAUGCAUUCCCUGGAGGAGCAGUGUCGCAGCCAGCUGAAGAGAAAUCGGGGGUGCCUGACGAGAGAGAGAAGAGAGUUGAGAGAAAUAAGAGUGAGAGGAACAAAAGAAACUAGAGAAAUGAGAGAAACGAGAGAACUUCAGAUAACAGAGGAGAGAGAUGAGAAAGAAUUCCUGAAAGGAAGUCACAUUCCAGAAGAGGGGGAUCCCCAGACAAUUCCCUCCAUUGAUCUGGAGCCCCAGAGCAGCCCAUUCACUGAGGACCCCACUCUUCCUGACACUAGGGAUAACACCUCUGGUUCAUCACCCCCACAGAGAAAAAGGCCAAAGCAACUCACACCCACACUAGUGACCACCACACCGCCUCCAUCCAGAGACAGUGUCAUCGCCACCACUGCUGCCACCAUCCAACCCCCUCCCCCUCCUCCCCCAGCGUCGAGGGUCAUGUGGCACCAAGUCAACACCCUGAGGAGGAUGGCCUUGAACUAUAACGACAUCCUAGCAGCCAGUUCUUCUUCCCUUCAACCUUCACAGCACCUGGUGACAUACCCUUUCCACCUCUCCACUCCUCACAUGUACCCCCUGCUAAUGUCCUCCAUCCCGCCCCAGGUCCACAGCGCCGUCCUGGGCUACCCUGGUAUCCUGCAUCCAUACCACCACCCCCUGCUCUCUGGGUCUCAGGAGCUGGGGGACAUCCUGACGCAAGGUUUGCUGGGAAAAAGAGACCCGAUGGAUAAAGUGUUGAUAGGUGGAGCACCAGGGGAAGGGCAAAGAUACUCCCAGGAGCGUCCAGGAAGAACCCAGGACUGUCAGCACUGCAGCAAGGUCCCCCUGGGCAGCUCAUGGCUGCAGGCCUCAACCACCAACCCCUCAGGCUCAGGUGAGACUUCUCUGGGGUGUAAGUACUGUGAUCGUGGCUUCAGGGUGGAGCGGUCACUGCUGUCCCACCGGCGAGAUCAGGGAGGAGAGAAGCCCUACGAGUGUAAUCGCUGCUCCAAGAGGUUCAGCCUCAAACACCAACUGGAUACACACCACCGGGUACACACAGGAGAGAAGCCUUUUGAGUGCCGUCUGUGUGGCCAGCGGUCAAGGGACUACUCAGCCAUGAUCAAGCACCUGCGGACCCACGGCGGGGCCACACCCUACCAGUGUACUGUCUGCCUGGAGUUCUGUAGCAGCCUGGCUGCCAUGCAGAAACACCUGAAGAACCACCCGCUGCAGGACUUUCCCCCAGACUGGACCAUCAGCAGCACCUACCUGUACACAUGCCAUACCUGAUCUAGCUUGAAGGCAAAUGUAAUGUCAAUAGAGAAUAAUUUUACUACCAAACAACUACAUCUCAGGGAAACUAACUCAUAGAAUGUAAUGUACAUACAUGGUAACAAGACACCAGUUACCGUAGCAUUUAUCCAUGUACUCCAAAAGUGCAUGGAGUACGUCAAUGCAUAUUUCCACCACUAGAAGGACACUGGGUCUCAGAAAAGAAUGUAAAACAUGUCUAGCACCAGCAGCAUUAUCAUUAUCAAGCACAGUAUUAUUACCAUUCUAUCGUGGCUGCAGCUGAAGAGUCACUUCCAAGAGACAAGGAAAGGAAACAUCAAGACUAUUUAGAGGCAGCAAAAAAUGUGUCCUUGUUUCAUAUGAAUGUGUCCAUCUAUGUUUGGCCGUUAUCUCUCUCAAGAAGACUUGGUGCAAUCGUUUUGUGCACACAUUCUUGAUUUUCAUUUAGCCAUGUGUGUUUAGUACAUUUAGACGUUGUUUGAUUCAUAUUUACAGUGCCUUUAGAGUCUGCACCUCCUGGAUUUUUUUCCCACGUUCUUUUGCGUUUCAAAGUGAGAUAGAAAUAUAUCUUUCUUUUUUUAUCAUUCAGCUACACAAAAUAGUCCCUAAUGUCAAAGUGAAAAGAAAAUUCUACACGUUUUUACAAAUUAAUAACAAUUAAAUGACUAAAAUAUAGUAGCUGCAGAAGUACUCACACCCUUUGUUUAGCAAAGCCUAAAUGAAGUAAAAAUGUGUCUUAACAAAUCACAUAAGUUAUAUGGACUCCCUCUGUGUGAAAUAACAGGGAUUGACAUGAUUUUUAAAUGACUACCCCUUCCUCUGUUCUCCAUACAUAGAACAUAUGUAAGGUCCCUCAGCCAAGUAUUGAAUUUCAAACUCAGAUUCAACUACAAAGACCAGGAAGCUUUUUGAAAGCCUCAUAAAGAAGACCAGUGAUUGGCAGAUGGGUAGCAAUAACAAAUCAGACAUUGAAUAUAUCUUUAACCAUGGUCAAAUUAAUAAUUAUGCUGUGGAUUAUGUAUUAAACCACCCAGACACAUCAAAGAUGCAGUCAUCCUUCUGAUCUGAGCUGCAGGACAUUAAGGAAACUGCCUAGGGAUGUUAUUAGGCCAUUGGAUAUUAGGCCAUUGGAGAUUUUAAAACAACUACAGAGUUCAAUGGCUGUGAUGGAAGAAAACUGAGGAUGGAUCAACAACAUUGUAAUGACUCCACAAUAAUGACCUAAAAGACAGAGUGAAAAGAAGAAUAUAAAUAUACAAAAUACAAAUAAUCCAAAACAUGUAUAGAGGCACUAAAGUAAUACUGCAACAACAACAACAUGGCAAUGGAAUAUACUUUUUGGCCUAAAUGCAAAGCCUUAUAAUUAUCUAAUCAAGGUAUAUUAGUGUUGAAUUUUUUAUUAAUUAAAAAAAUACAAAUAUCUUUCACUUUGAUAUUAGAAUAUUUUGUGGAAGCCGUUGACCUAAAAAAUACAAUUAAAUACAUUUUAAUCCCACUUUGUAACACCAUAAAAUGUGAAGAAAUCCAAGGGGGUGUAGACUUUUUUUAUAGGUGUUGUAUAUGUGCUUUAGCCUGUUGCUAUUUUAAUGAUAGUAUUGUUAUAAUCAAUGUACUAGUUUAGCAGAUGGCCUGUUUUGGUACUGAAUGUAGAUCCUCACACAGUCACACCCAACCACAAAGAAACAAUAGCCUGUCAAGUCAAACCUUUAUAAUAUGAGACCAUUGGUUUGCUUUGAACUUGAGUGUGAAUGCAUUUUGGCAUAAAUUACACAGCAGCUGGCAUGCAGAGUGUAUUUGCAAUUAGUAUCUCUUCAGAGAAUAAAUGUUUUAAAUACAUAUUUAUUUUGACAGGUUGUGUCAGUCAGUGUUCUACCAUUUUACUUACUGUACUUUUUUUUUUUUUACAUAAAACAACCAUAUCUAACAUCUUA